AUGGAACCUCAAAGGAGACUUAAUCAUAUAAUGAAGAAAGUGGUAAUGAAGAAAAUCAUAAAAUGGCUCGAUGCUAGGGUAAUCUAUCCCAUAUUCGAUAGCUCUUGGGUUAGUCUGGUUCAAUGCGUGCCGAAGAAAGGUGGAGUGAUUGUGGUAAAGAAUGAAAAUGAAGAGCAUUUGACUACAAGAACCGUCACAUGCUGGUGGAUUUGUAUGGAUUACAAGAAACUAAACAAGGCGACAAAGAAAGACCACUUCCUCUUCCUUUCAUUGAUAAGAUGCUUGAUCGGUUACCAGGCAAGGCAUUUUACUAUUUCCUUGACAGAUAUUCUGGAUAUCGCCAUAUCACCUGAAGAUUAG